GUCUGUCUCUGUCUCUGUCUUUGGCUUCUGUUCUCGUCUCUCCAAAGGAAUUGCUUACAAUCUCACAUUCUUUCCAAUUCUGGUUUUUGCUUCUGCGAUCUUCAUCUUCACCCUCACUGUGCUCAUGGCCACUUCUCUUUUGCUUCAUCCAGGGUUCAUCAUCUCUUUCUCAAUUGGAUUGCAAUUCAAUUAGCUCACACUGCUUGCUUUGCUCUCAGUUGCUGCCACUCCUAUCUAUUCAGGGUGCAGAGGAUAGCAGAACUUUUGGCCUGACCAGAGAACUGCCAGGACAAAGGACAAGCAGGUGUAGUAUUCAGGACAUGGGGUGCAUUGUGUCCUCUCAAAAGGAUUCUGGGGGAAAUAGAAGGAAGCCAGGGAGUAUUGGAGAAGUUUCUGUAAAUGUUCCCGGUCUAAGAAUUCCUAAACCUGUUGAUUUUGCUCACUCACUUGGUGACUGCUUGUCCAAGAGUUUAGUGGAACGCCUAUCAGCACUUAGAACUCGUAUAGUUGUAAUGGCCGGCCAAGAAGGUCCUACAAUUACAAGAACAAAAAGAAAAAGUGCCACCCAGCAUGGUGGUUCAACACUGGCUGAUCUUCUGCAAGCUCUUGAAGACUACUUGCCAGUACUUUUGGGAUUAGUCAAAGAUGGAAGCCAUUUGCAAUUCAAAGUACAAUUUGUUUGGGUGAAUCAGGAGGAUGAUGCAGAGGAAACAGCUAUGUCUAAUGCUUGGUACGAAGUGUUGUCAGUUUUGCACUUGAUGGCAAUGCUAUUGUUAUCACAGGCUAAUUUAUUACUUCUUCCAAGAACAUCCUCUGAUGGUUAUCAGCCAAAAGUAACAGAAGAAAACAGACGAGCUUCUGUUGAUAUCUUCUUAAAGUCAGCUGGGUAUCUGGACUGUGCUGUCAAGCAUGUUCUCCCACAGUUGCCUGAAGAGCUCAGGAGAAAUUUACCAGUGGACCUUGCAGAAGGAGUUCUUCGAGCACUCUGUCUACAAGCAUUGGGACAGGGUGUAGAUAUCCAACUUGGAAUGGCAAUUGAUAGUGCCAAAGCCACACUUGCUGUGAAGCGUAGACUUGCAUGUGAGAUGGUGAAAUAUUGGCAACAGGCUCAAGAUAAUAUAAUGAACCUUCCUUUAGCUAAUGGUUGGGGGAAGAAACAUAUACUUUAUGUUAAAUGGAAACAUGUUGAAGCAAAGUCUGCGGCAUAUUACUAUCAUGGUAUGAUUCUUGAUGAGGGAAAUACAGAGAAAUCUCAAGGGAUGGCUGUAGCUGCUCUGGAAGCAGCUGACGAUUAUUUCAAAGAAAGUAAGAAGCUGUGUGAGGCAUUCAAUGUGGCACCCCCAUUAUCAAGAAAUCCACCACUUUGGGGUACAAUGAAAUAUCUCUCUGAGAAAAUUCCUAAGGAUACCUCGAGCAAGGUUCGAGUAAACCGUGAUCUUUACUCUCAUGAGAGAAUCAUGGAGACAGCACCAACAUUGCCUGAUUUUGCCUUGGCUUUGAAACCAGAUGAGUAUCAACUUCCUCCAGUGAGUCCCUCUUGGACCGAAAACGUGAAAGGGGGGCUAACUGGCGCCGCCAACCAUCUCAAAGGAUGACAAAUGAUUAAAAAAAAAAACUUGCCAAUUUGCAGACCUCAGAGCUGUCAUCUUAGCUGUGGAAGAAGGAGAAGGAAAUGAACUUAUUUCCAUCUUUUUUCUCUGCCUUAUGCUUUUGUUUUUGCUUUUAUAAAUUGAUUGCCUUCUUUCCUCCACAACAUUUGGAAGCAGCAACUGGAAAUAGAGCUGCAAGUUGUGUUCGAUUGAUCUGUCUAAAGAAAGGGGUUCCUUUGCCAAUACCCAAAUCCUUCCAUUUGUUAAACCAAGUUGUAUAAGUGAUUGUGUGUAGAAUUAACAUGAGCUAUGCAGAGAAAGAAUGAUUUCCUUCAAGUGUCAAAAUUCGAAGGACUUUGAAAUGCAAGGGGAAUAUAUGAUACUUUAACAUAUGAUACACUCGACAAUUUUGAAUUUUCAUAUGAUAGUGUGCUCCAUUACAUUUUCAA